AUGGCCGCCACAAUUGAAUCAGCAGGGGGUGUUCCGCCUAAUUCCACGGUCUACGUUCGGAAUCUAGAGGAGCGCAUCAAGAUUGAGCAACUCAAGGUCGCGCUCGAAGAGAUCUUCUCAGAGUUCGGCAAUGUGGUCGAAAUUGUUGCCAAAAAGAACCUGAAAGCCAAGGGGCAAGCAUUCGUCGUCUUCGAUAGUGUCGAAGCUGCGACUCGUGCUAUUGAGGACGUCAACGGCUUCGAACUCUUUGACAAGCCCAUGGUUCUAGACUAUGCAAAGACCAAGAGUGACGCGACCGUUCUCCGUGAGGGUGGAAAUGAAGAGCUUGAGGCUCACAAGCGGAAACGCCUGGCUGAGAAAGAGCGGAAACAAGCACACGAAGCGCUCGAGGCCCAGAAGAAGCUCAAGCGUCCCGCCGCAACCGCCGCAGAUGUCGCCCGCCCCGCAAAGACGACAAAGGGUACUGGUCUCAAGCCCACAACAGGCGCUGCAACUACAGUGGUUCCCGACGAGUACCUGCCUCCCAACAAGAUUCUGUUCUUGCGGGAUCUGCCCGACGAUGCCAGCCAAGAGAGUCUUACCGAAAUCUUUGGCCGUUUCGAAGGCUUCCAAGAAGUUCGUUUGGUACCUGGUCGCAAGGGUAUCGCCUUUGUGGAAUAUGAAACGGAAGUUGGCGCCAUCAGCGCCAAGGAGGCUACAUCGGGCAUGGCGAUGGGCGAGCAGAACAAGCCAAUUCGGGUCACCUACCAGAGACAGUAG